AGUCAAUUGACCUCCUGGCGAAGUUUUUUGUGUACCUGCAGCUUCUGUAUCUGCCUUGUGCUUUGAGGCAGAUACUCUGUCAUCUUAUUGCGACCUCAUUCUUUAUUGUAUUUUCUAGCGUGUUUUGUCUUUUGCUGCCGACAGCUUCUUUUUUCGUUGAAGACGCUGCUGAACAUAAACCCCGAGCAUUCGGAGCCAACCUAGUCCAUCGCAAAUACGAUCGCUAUACCAACCUCAAGCUUCUGCUCCUUAACCGUUGGAUACAAUAUCCCAUCCAUAGUACCGUGCAAAUCACCGGCCUUCCUUGACCGACGACGUUAUAUUCCCCGCUCCGAGCCUUCAGUGCAUACCAUACACUUUCUUCGAUUUUAAAUUUGGCGUCUAGUCGUCAGCCAGACUUGCGCCAUGUUUUUCCUUAAAGAAGAAACCAAGGUUAUCACAUUACACCCAUCCUACUUUGGACCCAAUGUACGAGAAUACCUCAUCAACAGACUGAACGAGGAGGAAGAGGGACGGUGUACCGGUGAUCACUUCGUGAUCUGUGUGAUGGACAUGGUGGAUAUUGGCGAAGGACGAGUUCUCCCUUCAGGCGGCCAAGCCGAAUACACGAUUAAAUAUCGAGCGAUUAUCUGGAAACCUUUUCGGGGAGAGACUGUCGAUGCCAUUGUUACCUCCGUCAAGCCUACCGGUAUUUUCACACUCGCCGGGCCAUUGUCGGUUUUCAUUGCGCGAAAAAACAUUCCUUCGGAUAUCAAAUGGGAACCAAACACAGUGCCACCCCAAUAUACAGACCAUGCAGACCAGGUUAUCGAGAAAGGUACCAGCUUGCGACUCAAGAUCCUCGGUGUCAAGCCCGACGUUGCCGCAAUCAACGCUAUUGGCACAAUUAAAGAAGAUUAUCUUGGACCAUUGUAAUGAAAUAUUAACGAGCAAAACACAAAAUAUCUAUCAUACAACCCAACCUCACGACACAUUCUUAUAUCAUUGCCAUAAAGUCCACUGGGGAAGGUUUUUUUUUAACGAUACCAACCAUGCUAGAUAUGAAUUGGGUUAAAUUCCCAUAAUAUGUGAGCAUAAAAAAAUAGCUGCAAGGCUCCAUCGAGCGGUCUCACCACUUGCUGGGUACUAUCUUUCCUCGUGCCAUAAUGCUGUCGCAUGCAGCUAGCUUAUCUUUACACAGGUGCUGGAGGUCACACAACACAAUAACUGCUGCACAUUUAAAACUUAAAUAAUCGUCUGCUUGCUUAAAACUCGGCUAUCGAAAAGACAUGUAUUGACUUGAAUCAACUCUAAAAAGAGACAUUUGGCUGAGAAAUGACAAUCUAUGAAGAACUACUCUGGAUAUAUAAAACAAAUACACCGGGCAUGAUUGAGCCUACAGUACUGCACUUCCCCA